AUGUCUCUGUUUCGCUCGCCGGGUGACCUAUCGUCUUCCGAUGAGGAUGAUAUAUUUGAGAACCACGAGGCCAAUGAUGAAACAAAUCCAAGCUACCAUCACGAAAAUGCAACUAGAGCCCAUGAGGGCCAUAGCCGUCAACUUUCGUUCGACGAUGCCGUUUCGGGUUCGUUUGAAGGCGCGCUGGAGCACAGAGACCCAGAACACGAAAUAGCUGGUUUAGAUGCAGAAGGCCACGCGGCUAUGAUGACCACAGCUCUCCUCGAAUACUAUUGCCUUUCAAAGGCUACUGAAAUUCUCAAUGAACAAGCGGGAAGUCAUGGAAAAUAUACUCGCGACUCGCCUGAAGCCCGGAUACUGGGACGACGCCUGUACACCCAUAAGUCUCAGUUCCUGUCUGCCAAUGGGGUCGUGGCUGCGGGUGUUGAUGGCGACGACUGGGAAAUUACACGGAAAUAUUAUCGGGACACUCUAGAUGUCCUUGGACUGCCCGCCUUGGAAGGAUUGGACCUGAAUGCUCAAGGACCCUCUCAAGGAAUGAGAAGUGAAAGCCGUGUUGUGCUAAGUCGCCGUACUACUGAAAAUCCAACGAGAGACUGGGCAGAACCGCGGGAGAAAAGGUCAUCUCCAAGCACAGAAAAUAGGCCGAACGUCCAAAAACUCUUGGCCAGUGGAACCGAAGUCGGGUUUCCUGACCGUCUACCAGCUGCGAUGAAUUUUACGCACAUGUCACAAGUGCAGCCAACGAAUUAUCUUCCGUUCACUGGUUUACCCGGCGUUUACCAGCCAUAUAAACCGAGUAUUUUGAUGUCAAGAUACGCGACAGAAUUUGAAGAAGAAUCCUUGAUAGGAAAAGGCUCUUAUGGCGUCGUAUACAGAGCUAGACAUUAUGUUGAUGGUCAAAUGUAUGCGAUUAAAAAGAUCCCAUUGAAUUCCAAAAGGUUGAAACAGCUCCAAGACCGGGGCUUACAAGAAUUGGAUCACAUCCUGAAAGAGAUCAGGACACUGGCGCGGUUAGAUCACAGCAAUGUCGUGAGAUAUUUUGGUGCUUGGGCCGAAUAUAAUACAAUUCAAAUCCCUUUGGGGACGCCAAAGCCUGCAAACAAACCUCUGGGUCUUUUAAGCCAAGGAUCUAUGGCUGAGGACGAAUCAAGCCAUGGUAUCAUUUUUGAAGAAUCCAGUCACGGGAUCCGGUUCGAAGCCUCGUCCAAAGACGAGAUUGGCUUCGUUGAAGCAAUAUCGCUAUCAGAGUCUCCGGAAUCCCGGCGGGGGACUAGUAACAGAACAGAAUCCAGAUAUUCCCGGAAAAGCUUCGGAGGGAAGAGUUAUGACGAUCGCGAGGACAACGAGGUUGAAUCAAUCGGACGACCGUUGAGCCAUCAGGCGCAUGGCCACGCGCAGACCUCGACAAGUGCUUUGGACAGUGAUGUGUUCUCCGAUGGAGCAGGAGGGAAUAUGUCCGUCCAUGUGGAUCAAAAUGCGGCCGCUGGUGGCAAGCUAUCGCCCAUCACGCUUCACAUACAAAUGUCUUUGCAUCCACUAAGUUUAGCAAAAUAUCUCCGUCCCGAAAGCGAAGGAUCCGAGAAAAGCUCACCGCGCCACUGUUAUCACCUUAUCCCGUCCCUUAAAAUCUUCCUAGGGAUCCUAUCGGGGGUGGAAUACCUCCAUACGCAAGGAAUUAUCCACCGAGAUUUAAAACCAGCAAAUGUCUUUCUCUCUCUUUCCGCAAAGCGGGACGAAAUAGCUUGUUUGCGUUGUGGAACAGAUGGCAAAUCUAGUUCCCACUACACAAUUCCACGGAUUGGCGACUUUGGCCUGGUUGCAGACACCUCCCCCGAAGAUGAGAACAAGUCUAGCAUCCCUACCAAACUUGGCCCCGUUGGCACUGAGUUCUAUCGCCCACCGGUAUGUCAGUGUAGGCAUGAUGCUCGUGGCCGUAGAGGAGCUAGGUUACAUGCUAAUGUUGGAGAAAACAAUGAAAACCCGCGUUGUGACUGCGCAGGGGCUAGUCCUGAAGAACAUUACAUUCACGAGUCAUUAGACGUCUAUGCCCUCGGCGUCAUACUUUUUGAACUACUGUACAAGUUCGACACACGCAUGGAACGACAGAUGGUAUUGUCGGAUUUGACUUGUUCCCCGAAUAGUUUUAGCUGGGCGAAACGUGCCUCGAGCUCUAGCGUAUUACUGGAUGAAGUGAAACCUGAACCCAUAUUACCGGCGGAUUUUAAAACCAAGGUCGAUCUCCCUGGUCCAGCCGUUGAUGAUGAGGGUACUGCAUUGUCAAUGUCUGAGAAAUUGGAACGAUGUAUCAUCAGUAUGGUAGAGCCUGGUACACGGAGAAGAUCAACGUGUAAACAGGUCAGGGAGUCUUUGGAGGAAAUCCUGUCGCUAGCGGAUCGCAGGACCCAGCCAUAA